CUUUAUAAGUAAGUGAUGCAUAUACUUUUCUUUCAUCUAUGUCGUCAUCAUCUUGCGACCUCUCGCUCUUUUCCAGGAAGCUAAAUUGACAGAUCGAUUUGAUAGAAGAAAGGAUAACGAUGUCUGGAAGUUUUUAUUUCGUUAUGGUUGGUCAUCACGACAACCCCGUGUUUGAGAUGGAGUUCUUGCCAGCUGGGAAGCCUGAAUCAAAGGAUGACCACCGUCACUUGAACCAGUUCAUUGCCCAUGCAGCUCUGGAUUUAGUGGAUGAAAACAUGUGGCUGUCCAACAACAUGUACUUGAAAACUGUGGACAAGUUCAAUGAAUGGUUUGUUUCAGCCUUUGUCACUGCAGGACAUAUAAGAUUCAUCAUGCUGCAUGAUGUACGACAAGAAGAUGGAAUUAAGAACUUUUUUAAUGACGUGUACGAUUUAUACAUUAAGUUUGCAAUGAAUCCAUUCUAUGAAAUCAAUGCUCCAAUUCGAUCGACAGCAUUUGAGAGGAAAGUCCAGUUUCUCGGCAAGAAACAUCUCCUGAGUUAAUCACUUCAAAUGUAAAGGAUCUGGAUUCAUUGUGACCAUUUGUUGUAUAUAUUCAGCACUGUACCUAACACACUUGUUUGAAAGUUUUCAUGUUUUAGUUUCCUCUUUGUACUUCAGUAACAAACUGCACUCUACAUGUACAUUGUCUAUUCAAGGUUUUUCUUCUGUAAAAUAUGGUUUAAUAAAUCUUCAUUUCUUA